AUGAGUCUCAACGAGCAUGAUGCCGCGGCGUCGGGUCUCAUGGGUGUGGAGGAGACGCCACCUCCUGCGCCGCUGGUGAGGGCGUUGGGUCCUCAGCAGGCUGAGGUUGUGAUUAAGCGCAAUCAGUCCAAGUACGACUUCGUCAAGGUGCGCGUGUGGGUCGAAGAUCACGUCUACGUGUUGUCCCGCUACCUGCUGUGUCGCGCGCUGGUCAGCGCCAAGAUUAAUUCGAGGGACGCAGUGCAGAUUUCGCUGGAUCUGAAGAGGACGCUGGUGGAUCUAAAUUUCACGGACAUUGUACAGGAGCAGUUCGAGGACUUCCUGUACAAGACGAUGCUUGUAUUCGGAUAUGGGGAACCUCAGAUCUCGUGCUACAGGAUGAUGUCCAGUUUCCAUCGCAACCGUGUUCCUCUGCUGAUCAUGCUGGCAGGUACAGCUUGCAUCGGGAAAUCUACACUUGCCACAAAAUUGGCCGACCGACUCAAUCUUUCGAGUGUACUGCAGACUGAUCUCAUCUUCGAGCUCAUGUGCAACUUCUCAGGGCAAGAAAAAACGUCUUAUAUUAUGACGAAGUUUCAGUCGACGGACGAUCUUAUCGCUGAAUAUCAGAAGGAGUGUGAAGUGGUCCGCAAGGGGGUUAAAUCCGACAUCGACAAGUGUCUGAAGGACGGCAAGUCACUCAUAAUUGAAGGUUUCCACAUCGAUCCCCGCCUGUACCAGAAAACCAUUGGCGCGCCUGAAAAAGACAGCAACGCAAGUUGCUCUGGAAUUGUAGUACCUUUCCUGCUAACUCUGGACGAAGAGGAUCACCACAACUUUAUGACGAACUCUCCUGAUCCACGAUACCGUGGUGACAAGAACGAAGUUGGCUUCCGCAACUUGCAGGAUGUGCAGAACUAUUUGGUUUCUCACAACCAGGAGAAGGACAUGCUUCCAUUCACUGAAAUUCGCAUCAACCUUCACUCGUUCCACGACACAUUGGACUACCUACACGAUGUAGUGCUCAAGCGUAUUGAGGAGGUGUUCGUAAGUAAUAAGGCAGCGGGAGCUAAGUAG